UUAUCAUGCAGGUUGUGGACCUUAACUUCACAUCUCUGUUUGGCUGUCAGAGGAAUCAGUCAUGGGACCGUUGCUACCGAUCCUUCUUGGCUUUCUUGCCGCUCUGAUUGGAGGGCUGUACGUUCUUGGGGUGUUUCGACAGCGGCGACCAGGAGAACCCCCUUUGGAUAAGGGGCUGAUACCCUGGCUGGGUCAUGUCUUAGAGUUUCGCAGGAACACAUUAAAGUUCCUACAGAGGAUGAAGCAAAAGCAUGGUGAUGUGUUUACAGUACAGCUGGGAGGGUUUUAUUUUACGUUUCUGCAGGACCCUCUAUCGUUUGGGGCAUUUGUUAAGGAGAGUCGAGAAAAACUGGACUUUACUGAGUUUGCUAAGCAUUUGGUGCGCAGAGUGUUUGGUUACAAAUCUGUAGAAGGUGUUCACCAGAUUCUCCAGAUGUCCAGCAACAAGCACCUCAAGGGGGAUGGCCUGGAAGUAAUGACACAAGCCAUGAUGAAGAAUUUGCAGAACCUGAUGUUGUACAACAUCGGCUCAGCUGCAGACCAAAGAACUUGGAUGGAGGAUGGACUGUUUAUGUACAGCUACAAUAUUGUUUUUAGGGCUGGCUACCUAUCUCUGUAUGGCAAUGAGCCACACAAGUCAGAAGGAAAUGAAGAGAAAGACAGAGCAGAGUCAGACGCCUUAUUUCGCGAGUUUCGUAAAUAUGACCAACUCUUUCCCAACCUGGCUUACGGGGUCCUGACACCAAGGGAAAGACUGGAAGUGAAGAGGCUACUGAGAUCCUUCUGGAACACUCUGUCAGUGCAGAAAGUGAGGACCAAGGACAACAUCAGUCGCUGGAUUUGGGACAUACAGCAGACCAAACAGGAGCUGGGUAUGACUGAGUCAAUGAUAACCAGGUACAUGUUUGUACUUCUUUGGGCCUCUCAGGGCAACACAGGGCCCUCUGCAUUCUGGGUGCUCCUCUUCCUCAUGAAACACCCAGAAGCCAUGACAGCAGUGAAGGAAGAGGUAGAUAAUGUUCUGAAGGAAUUUGGUCAACAAGUCAAACGUGAUGGUCCUCUAAUUAACCUGACGCGUGAGAUGCUGAUGAAAACACCAAUCCUGGACAGUGCUGUGGAAGAGACCCUCCGACUCACUGCUGCACCCCUGCUCACCAGAGCAGUGCUUCAGGAUAUGACUGUCAAGAUGGCAGAUGGGCGUGAGUACUUCAUUCGCAAAGGUGACAGAAUGGCAGUCUUUCCUUACAUUGCUCACAUUGACCCAGAGAUCCACCCUGACCCACAUUCAUUCAAAUAUGACCGCUUCCUCAAUCCAAAUGGGAGCAAGAAAACUGAUUUUUACAAAGCAGGGAAGAAGAUGAAGUAUUACAGCAUGCCCUGGGGUGCUGGGGUCUCCAUGUGUCCUGGGCGUUUCUUUGCCACCAAUGAGCUGAAACAGUUUGCUUUCCUCAUGCUGGUUUAUUUUGAGUUUGAGCUGAAGAAUCCUGAUGAGAAGAUACCUGAGAUUGACUACAGGCGAUGGGGCUUUGGAUCGAUGCAGCCUGACAGAGACGUCCAGUUCCGAUACAGACUCAGAUAUUAAACCAAUUAUUUUCAUUUUUUUAUAAAAUAUCCUUGAUUUUGAUCACCCCUGUAAGCGUUGAUUUGAAAAUUGUUUUUUAAUCUUGAAAUCAGUGGUUUUUUUGAUAAGUUUUGUGUGAUAAGCACAUUCUGGAUGUGGCUUCAAAACUUAGGGCCCUGUUCAGGUUAUUCUGAUGCAUUGUACAUGCAUUUUCAUACAAAACUAAUUCUAAUUUUCAGGGAUUAGUUGAUUUAUGUUUCUGUUUUAUGUUUAUUUCAUUUAGACAAGGACAGUGCACAUUAAUGAACAUGAUCACUUAAGUCACAUAAAUGUGCCAGAUUUAGCCAUACAGGUAAAUUUUCAUCUGUAGUCCCUGGCAGGCUGAUGGUGUAAGUGUAUAUAAGAAAAAGACAAAAUAACAUACAAAAGCAUAUAAGCACAGAUAAAAGCAGAUUGAUGACAUGUCCAUGGAAGGGCACCUGAGCACAGAGCAGCAUAUAACUAUAGACAAAAGCACAUAACAAGGCACAAAGGCAAAAUCAACACCUAAGCGCUGUUAAUAUAAACAAUGACCUAACCAUAUAACCUUAAAUAUUAAAACCUACUAUACAAAAGUACAGCAUAAAACACAACAUAGACCAAAGCACAUAGCCACAAACAAACACAAGAGCAAAAAACUUAAGCAAGGACAACAGCACACAAACACAAUUAGCAAGACAGUGACAUCACCAUAAAACCAAAGCACAUUAAGAAAAACGUACUAUACGAAAGUCUGUUGUUGUCUGUCCCAACAGACAGUAAUGAAAUAAGGAUAUACCCACUAAAGAAGAAUAGCUUUAGAUACUAACAUUUUGAGUUGAGUUGUAGACUAGUUGACAUUGCUUGUUACAUCCCAUUACAUGUGUAAAUGUAUAAAUGUAUAAAAAAAAAAAAGUAGCAGAGAUGCCAAUGCUUUGUUAAUAUUUUACAUGCAUAUAUGUUAAAUAGUCAUGAUGGUAGUUUUGCUUGAAUCAUUUGUUGAGCAAAGGAACAUCUUUGUGUAAUGUUCUGUUUGUGAAAUCAAAGAAGGUAGGUGUUAUCUAGCGUCUGUCUCAUGUUUGUGUGAUAAUCAGUUGAUCAGAUUGGACUGGUUAUACUAGAUGAUUGAUCAGGAACUCUUUGUCCCAUGACUUGUUUUGUUUUUGUUUUAAAUGUUGCAAUAAUGCUUGUCUGUUCCAGGGUUUUUUUUGCAACCUGUAAUAAAGUCUUCAUUUGACCAAGUUCCACUAAAGAUCACA